AUGGCUCCCAGCGAUCAGGCCGAGAAAGUUGCCAUAAUCGGUGCUGGUAUUUCUGGCCUCGUUGCUGCCAAAGAGUGUCUUGAAGAAGGCUUACUCCCCACCGUCUUCGAAGCCCGCCCAUUUAUUGGCGGUCAAUGGCACUACGAGCAACCCGAUCCAUUGACCGGAGAAGCAUUCUCAUCUAUCUAUGAUGGGGUCGUGUCAAACACGUGUGCUCUACGCUCUCAAUUCAGCGACUUUCCUAUGGAUCCUGCACAAUAUCCAGACUAUCCGACGCACAAAGACUAUCUGAGAUAUAUCCACGAGUAUGUAGCCCACUUUGGAUUGGAGAAGUACAUUCUUCUGAACACAGAGGUGCAAUCCUGUGAUCUGCGGGGCCACCAAUGGAGGGUGAGGACGAGAACAUCCGACGAGCUGUUUGAUGCACUCUUUGUCUGUACCGGUAAAGAGAGCGUGCCAUACAUUCCAGUAGUCACUGGUUUGGAACACUUCGAGGGUCAUGCUAUUCACAGUCAUAUCUACCGCCAGCCUGAUGUCUAUGCCGGAAAACGGGUAGCUGUAGUAGGCCUUGGCUCUUCAGCAAUCGAUAUCUCAAGCGAGGUCUCCAAGCACGCCGAGUCAUGCCAUCUCAUCACUCAGCGAGGAGGUUGGGUUCUGCCUAGAUACGUCAACGGCAAACUCGUCGAAUCACUUCAUAGCCGUCUAGUGGAGUAUAUUCUGCCACGGUCCAUUCUUGCAUUGACUUACGAAAUGAUUCACCGUAUUGUUGUGGGCGAUGUGCCUACGGCUCUGAUGCCAGACCAUGGAAUUCUUACGGCCAACCCAGUUGUAUCCAGCGAAUUCCUUGAUCGUAUCCGUGUGGGCUCUAUAACUCCACACCGUGCGUCCGUUGAGAAUUUUACUGAGAGAGCUAUUGUUCUUAGUAACGGCGAAACUCUUGAAGUCGACGAGCUCAUUUUCUGUACCGGGUACAAUGUCACCAUGCCAGUCAUUGCUGAGGAAACGUAUCGCAGAGGAAAGCAGAACUCGCUUCAUUUGUAUCGGUUCGUCAAUUCUCCGACAUAUGACAACCUCUUCUUCCUGGGUCUUGUUGAGUUUCUAGGGCCCAUUCACCCGACCGUUGAGCUUCAGGCUCGAUGGGCAGUAGCCUCGCUGACCAGAAGGAUUCAUCUACCAUCAAGGGAGAAGAUGGAGAAGGAAAUCGAGAAAGCUGAGAAAGAGCAGGAAAAGAAUUUUGUCAACUCUCGUCGACAUACGAUAGCCGUUCCUGCGCUAGCGUAUCAAGAGGCUUUGGCCUCUGAUCUCGGUGUCAAGCCCAGUUUCCGAAAGCUUGUCCAGAAAUACGUCUUGAGCCGAAAACCCGCAGAAGGUCUCUCGAUCGUCAAUUACUACUACAAUGGCAUGAUCACGUCUGCGCCGUACCGACUAUUUGGCCAUGGCAAAAACCCCGAACUCGCCGAAGCGACAUUACUACGAAUGGCUAGACAUGGUGACAAGCUGAGCGAGACAGAGGAGAUUUUUUUGACGGCCGAUAGAGUUGUGUGGAAUACAGUUGGGUAA